AUGCGUGUUUCUACUCUUCUCCCUUUCCUGCUGGCCGCUGCCCCGGCUGUGGUCUCUGCCCGUGGUACCCUGGGCUUCUCCCUCGGAGACAAGAACCCCGACGGAAAGUGCAAGACCACCAGCGACUAUGAACAAGACUUCGAUGACCUGAAGGACUUGGCCACCCUGGUCCGCACCUACUCCGGCACUGAGUGCAACACUCCCUCGCAAAUCCUCCCGGCCGCUAAGAAGAAGGGCUUCAAGGUCGUUCUUGGUAUUUGGGUCGGCCCCCAGGACAAGAGCGACAUGAGCACCAACGACCCAUCCUUCGCCAAGGACUUCGCUGCUCUGAAGAAGGCCGUCCCCGGCUACGAGGACGUCGUCGAGGCUAUCACCGUCGGCUCUGAGACCCUUUACCGUGGUGACCAGACCGGUCCCUCUCUGCACAAGUACAUUGGCCUCGUCGCCAAGGAGUUCAAGGGCGUGACCGUCGGUACCGCCGACAGCUGGAACAAGUUUGCCGACGGCACUGCCGACGACCUGUUCACCACCGACACCGAUGAUGCCCCCAUGGUUACCUACGUCCUGGCCAACGCAUUCGCUUACUGGCAGGGAACUGCUGUUGACAAGGCCUACCAGACCUACUUCAACGACAUGGAGGGUGCUAUGUCGCACAUCCAGAAGAUUGCCGGCAAGAACGCUGACAAGAUCCGCAUUAUCACCGGCGAGACUGGCUGGCCCACUGACGGUGGUACUGACUACGAGGCUGCUAUUGCUGGCACUAAGAACGCUGAGCACUUCUGGAAGACCGGUGUCUGCGGAUGCUUGCCUGGGGCCUACGAUGAGUCCUGGAAGCCCGACAGCGUUGGUGACAACGGCAAGCCCCAGAGCGAGAAGCACUGGGGUCUGCGCACUGCCGACCGCAAGUCCAAGUUCGACACCACUUGCCCCAAAUAG